AUGCAGUGGGUGAGAGGUUCCGGUGUUCGGCUUACACCCUCCCAGCUGAAAAACGAAAAGCGCCGCCGCAAGCGCCCAUGCGGCGCGGGCGCAAGCGGCCGGGACACCAUGGGCAUCCAGACUGUGCCGAUCAACGAGGAGAUCAUGCGCCUGGGGAGCUGGCGCCAGGUGCUGCAGCAUGCGCUGAAGCGCGGCGAGUUCAUGGACGAGCUCAACGCGGUGACGGCUUUGCAUCGCGCGGCAAAGCUGUACAGAGAGGACGACGGCGGACGCACGCCGCUCGAAGAGAUCCAUCAGGAUCCAGGCUUCCAGAACCUCCUGGAGCUCACGCGGCACUUCGUGCAGCGCUGUCGGCCCCAGCAGAUCGCCAACGCGCUGUGGGCCUUCGCCGUGCUCAACUUCCAGCCCAAAGAGCUGCUGCAGCUUUUGUGCAGAUACGGCGCCGAGCGACUGGACAGCUUCCUGCCGCAGAACGUGUCCAACUCCAUUUGGGCCUUGGGCACGCUGGGGUUUGCGUAUCCGCGGCUGCUGGAGUUGGUGCCUAGACAUGUGGAGGCCAAUGUGCGGGACUACACACCGCAGGACUUGUCCAAUACCUGCUGGGCAUACGCUCGCUUACAGCAGCAGUGCGAUCCCCUCUUCCGUCUCAUCAUCAAGGAGUCCUUGAUUCAGCUGCCGCGCUUCAAGCCCCAAAACAUGUCCAACCUGGUUUGGGCCUGCGCUACCGUCAUGUACAAGGACGAGGCCGCGAUGAGGACCAUCGCCAGCUUCGCCUGCACCCGGGUGGCGGAGUUCGGGACCCAGGAGCUUUCGAACCUCACCUGGGGCCUGGCCACUUUGGGGAUCCUUUGCGAGGACUGGAUGGACUGCAGCGGUGCUGAGAUGGCGAAGCGAUCUGCGGAGUGUUGCCCGCAGGACCUGUCCAACACCUUGUGGGCCUACGGCACGCUGAAGCACAAGGUCAACGAGCACCUGCGGGUCAUCAACUGGGAGGUGAUGCGCCAGAUUGAGUGGUUCUCCCCGCAGGGCCUCUCCAACGUGAUUUGGGGCCUGUCCGCCAUCAAGUACCGCGACAUCAAGGCUCUGACCUGCAUCAGCGAAGAGGUCAUCCGCCGGCCGGCGGAGCAGCUGACGCCCUCCGACAUCUCCACGCUGCUCUACAGCUUCGCGGUGCUCGCGUGGCAGCACGAGGACGCCGUGCUGAAGCUCCGGCGCUGCGUGCGCCUGAAGAUGUCGCAGCUGCAAAGUCGGGAUGUGGCCAACGUGUCCUGGGCGCUGGUGACGCUUUCUCACCGAGAUGACGGCCUCUUCAGACUGCUCAUGGAGAAGGCGGGCACGGUGAUCACCGAGUUCACCGUGGCGGGGCUCUGCAACGUGGCCUGGGCCUUCGUGCGCUUCGGGCUGGACGUGCCGAAAUCGGUCGCCCAGGGCAUCGCGGAGGAGACCCUCCGCAUGCGCCCAGAGUUUGUGGAGGAGCCCGGCAGCGGCGUGCUUCUCUCUGACGCGGUCUGCAGCGAGUGGGUGCAGCACGUGUCGCCCUCCCUGUUCCAGCUCUGUGAUCAGGUGGGCCGAGAGCCCUACGAGGCGGUGAAGUCCUUCCUGGAGGACUGGGAGAACAUCCCGGCCUUGGGCUGCAGCCAGGGGGAAGCCGAGCGCUUCCAAGCUCGAGUCACCGGUUUCAAGACCAUCCAGCUGGGCAGGCGCAUGACCUGCGAGCUGCUGCGGGGCCUGGGCAUGCUAGAGGAGGACCCCGAGCUCUUCAUGCCUUUGCGGCGCAUGCGGGAGGAGUGGCUUCUGCGGAACAUCCAGGCCUUGUACGAGCAGGACCCCAACGACGCCACCAUGAAGCACAAGACCACCUGCACGUAUCAGCUCCGCUUGGGGUCCGGAUGGCAAGGCCCGGCGGUCACUGCCAGCGGCACUCCCAUGGAGGAGCCCAUCCGGUUCGUCGCGUGCGUCGUGGAACAUUCUCGCUCCAACGAUGCGGAGUUCCAGGUCCUUAACAAGGCUGCCGACCAGCUGCUGGGCUCAGGCAUCACCGAGGGCCUGGUGCGGCUGGACGUGAGCGAGAUGCCCUGCCUCUCCUGCCUGGGCGCCCUGCGGCAGUUCCAGAAGUCCUUUCCCAAGGUCCAGCUCUGCGUGUCCUUCAGCAUCCGGAAGGUCUCGGACAUGUCUGAGGACUGCGACGACAUCAACCGGCUCGCCUGUCAAAGUGCCGGAGCCAAAGCCUAG